CCAUUAAUUAAUUCUAGGGAGGCAAAAGUCUCUCUGACGUAAUUAUGUAGGUAUAAAGGCUUAGCGAAAUGCACGUUAGAAAUUCGCCUUCGCCGAUAAAAUGUUACAAAUGAAUUCGACACGCUUGGGAAUGAUUGCUAAAUAAUGACGGCUUUAAUAAUGAAUAGUUUUGAUUUGGUGAAUAGAUAAUAUUUACGCUGAUAAGAUUGCAAGGUUCCUUGAUAAUAAAUAGUAAUCAUCCUUAGUACGGAAUAAUUAAAACAAUCGGAAUGGCAAGAUUAUCUAGUGUACAUGAUAAGGGCUGCCCGUGCGCCGAUUGAAGCAGUCUUGCAAGCUACGCGAGUGCUUCUUGUCGCGUCGAGGUUCUUCAGUUACACUAUGCGCUGAGACUGGUGUAACUAAGAUGGUGUUGUGUCCGCCUUUUAGAUGGUCCUCGAAAGGAGGAUUCAAUCUGACUACCCCCACGCGUGAGCGUACUGAGGAGAGGAGAGAGACCAUUACAAAAUUACCAGAAAACAUACCUGAUGUACCAAGAAAUGAAGGCGCUAUUUCAAACGGAAAUGUUGCAUUGUCCAAAAAGAGUAUCACAUUAUCAGUUGAUCCAGGAGGAUCGAGUAAAAAAUCUAGUUACAUGAGCAUACAAAGCGAAAAGUCACGCAGCAGUGCUAGAGACUCAGAAAGUGAAUGUUUAGAAGACAGAAAGAUCAGCAGUGGUCGGAAAACCAUUUCAGAUCUGGUACAAACUGACCCUAACAAACGUAGCGAAAGGAAGCGGGGUAUUAUUGCUCCACACGCACCUCUUGAAAUUGGCAGAUUUAGUGGCGACUUACAGUAUGAUAAAUUUGCUAAAGAUGAAAAGUCAUCGACGUUGAUAAAAAAAGCUAUCAUGGCAAAUGAGUUCCUAAAGAACAUUAUGGAUGACGAACGACUACAGUCGGUGGUAGAGGCCAUGAGUCCGCAAGAGUUUCCGGCAGGUAGUCUCCUGAUCCGCGAGGGAGAGAGCGGCAGCCAUUUGUUUGUUUCCGCACAUGGACAGUUCGAAGUCCUGAAAGGAGGCCAUGUUGUUAAAAACUUUGGGUCUGGAGAAGCUUUUGGCGAGCUCGCAAUUUUAUAUAAAGCAAAACGAUUUGCGUCCAUUAGAUGUAUAACAGAGGCAAAAGUAUGGACAUUAGAAAGACGUGUAUUUCAAAAAAUUAUGGUGCGGAGCGGUCGCCAAGAGCUAGAGGACAACAUUCGCUUCCUGUCGUCUGUGCCACUUCUACAAGGCAUUCAUCCGAUAGAGUUAACAAAGAUCGCCGACUUUCUGAAAAGGGAGUUCUUUUCGUCGGGGACAGUGGUGGUGCGGCAAGGGGACAGAGGAGACAAAUUCUAUAUAAUCCGUGGUGGAGAAGUGGUGGUGACGAAGCGUGAGGAGGAUGGGGACGAGCGACGAGUAGGGUCCCUUGGGCGGGGUAACUACUUCGGCGAACAGGCACUUUUGCAUGAAGAUCGACGGCUCGCCACUGUUACCGCAAUGCCUCCAGGUGUAGAAUGUCUGACUUUAGAACGCGGUCCGUUUACUGAGCUGCUGGGUAACUUAGAAGAAUUGAAAAAUAUAAGGCACUCUGAUCCAAGACCAUCGCAACAGAAAAAAGCAUCAGUUGUUAAAAGUGAAUUUGAGUUCGUGGAAUUAAAGGACCUAGAGAUAGUGGGCACGAUGGGUGUAGGUGGGUUCGGGCGGGUGGAACUAGUGCAGUAUAAGAAGGAACCCUCGCUGACCUUCGCCCUCAAGUGUCUGAAGAAGAUCGACAUGGUGCAGCAGCAGCAGCAGGAGCAUGCCUUCAACGAGAAAAAUAUUAUGAUGGCGUGCAAGAGCAGAUUUAUUUGCAGACUGUAUCGUACAUUUAAAGACAACAAGUACAUCUACUUCUUGAUGGAGCCGGUGUUGGGAGGCGACGUCUGGACAAUUCUACAGAAGCAGCGAUACUUCCCUGAAAAUAUCGCGCGUUUCAUGUCCGCUUGCGUUGUGGAAGCAUUCCAGUAUUUACACUCCAAGGAUAUCAUUUACAGGGACUUGAAGCCUGAGAAUUUGAUGCUGGAUAAACAGGGAUAUAUUAAAUUGGUUGAUUUUGGUUUUGCGAAACGCUUAUCAACAAACAGCAAGACCUGGACAUUUGCUGGUACGCCGGAAUACGUCACGCCCGAAGUUGUGCUUAACAAGGGCCACGACCGCUCCGUUGACUGCUGGGCGUUGGGUGUGUUUAUCCACGAGCUGUUAGUGGGCAAGCCGCCAUUCCGCGCAGCCGGUGGCGACCACAUGAAGACCUACACGCUCAUCCUGCGCGGCAUCGACGCCGUCGCCUUCCACCCGCGCGUACCCAAGUCGGCGCAGAUGCUCAUACGUAAGCUGUGCCGCGCCGUGCCCUCCGAGCGACUUGGGUAUCUGAAGAACGGAAUCGCUGACAUCAAGAAUCACAAAUGGUUCCUCGGUUUCGACUGGGAAGCGCUGCGGGAGGGCAAGAUGAAGGCGCCACUGAUACAGCCCGUCGCGAACGAUCUCGACUUAUCCAACUUCGAAAAAUAUCCCAAGGAUAAGUUACCGCCGGACGAAGUCUCGGGAUGGGAUAUUAAUUUUUAAAAUCAAUACUGUGAUGGAACUUUUUAUAAGAACACUUGACUACAUAAUAUGAUGCCAAAUUGUACCUACAUUUUGUAAUGUAAAGACGAAGUCUGUACAUACGAGUAUAAACACUGUAAUAUAUUUAUGCAUAGAAUUAGAUCUAAUUAAUAAAAUGAUUGUUAACUUAGAUCGCAAUAAAUA